GAUAUCUCCUUAUUUAAUUGAUUGAGAUCUUUCGACAACCACCUCUCUCGUGUUUUCUAAACACGCUGUUCGCGUCCCUGCUUAUCGACUCCUUUUUGAUUGGAGGCUUCUGGGCCUUCCACUGUCUUUACGUCCUUGAAACAUUUGGCAGCUCCAGUAAAUCAGACCCAUGAUCACUUUGAGACGCGCACCCAUCCUACUAAAGCUGGUCUCGCCCGUUCACACACCACGCGUCUCUUCACAACUCGUCCGCACUCUAUCAAUAAGCUCUAGAAUCAUGGCACCCACACCCUGGACUCCCAAUCGAUACCCCGUUGCGCGCCGCUCGGACCAUAUCGACACGUACACAAGCGAAGCUAAGGGAGAAGUCAAGAUUCACGAUCCUUACGAAUGGCUGCAGCACAACACGGACGAGACAGACAAAUGGACAACUGCUCAGGAGAAAUUCACCAGAGAAUACCUGGAUGCUAACCCAGACAGAGUGAAACUAGAGGAAGAAAUUAGAAAGAGCACGGACUACGAGAGGUUCAGCGCUCCUACUCUGAAGAAGGACAACCGCUGGUACUGGUCAUACAACAGCGGUUUGCAAGCCCAGUCAGUAUUCUACCGUUCAACGGACUCUACUCUCCCCUCUUUCCCCACUUCCACGGGGCAGGUUUCCAAUCCAGGAGAAGUAUUUUUCGAUCCAAAUGCACUCUCGGAGGACGGCACAGUUUCCCUCGCAAGCGCGGCGUUUUCCCGAGACGGCAAGUGGUUCGCAUACGGCAUAUCUCGCUCGGGCAGCGACUUCAACACGGUUUACGUUCGUUCUACGGACCACCCCUUGACAGAUAUUAAGGCCGACAAACGGCUUUCAGACGAGAUCCGUUUUGUCAAGUUCUCUGGCAUUGUUUGGACGCACGACAGCAAAGGAUUCUUCUACCAGAGAUUCCCUGAUCGUGAGUCCCAUGGCUCGGCGUCAGAGGAUAAGGCAGGCACCGAGAUUCAAGGCGACCGUGAUGCGAUGCUGUACUAUCACCGAAUCGGCACACAGCAGUCGGAAGAUACAUUGGUUGUCAAAGAUCCCGAACACCCUGAAUGGAUGUGGGGAGCGCGAGUCACCGAAGAGGACCCAAAGUGGCUGGUGCUCAACGUCAGCCGGGAUACUUCACGGAAACAAUUACUCUGGAUCGCAGACAUCGAGAAGGAUGCGAUAGGACCUAACCUCAAUUGGAUCAAACUUGUGGACGACUUCGAGGCCAACUACGACAUCAUCGGGAACGAUGGGAAUAAGUUCUAUCUUUAUACGAACGCCGAUGCUCCUCAAUACAAGAUAAUCACCGUAGACUUGGACGACUACAUCCAGGCAUCGAAGAACGGUCCUGUGCACAUCAAGACCAUUGCCAAGGAUUUAAUACCAGAGGAUAAGGACGCGCACUUGGAAGAUGCAAGCAUAGUCGGCAAAGACCGGCUUGUCACUGUUUAUAAGCGUAAUGUGAAAGAUGAAGUCUACAUCCACUCUCUGAAAACAGGUAGACGCCUUCUGCGGCUUGCGGAAGACCACGUUGGUUCGAUCGGAGUCAGCGGACGGCGCGAUCAAAACUGGAUCUUCCUGUCGCUUACUGGCUUCACGACGCCGGGUGUGGUUGCAAGGUAUGAUUUCUGCGAUGAGAAAGAGACUGAGCAUGGUACGUGGAAAGUCUGGCGAGAAACAAUCGUCAAGGGGCUGGCAGGCGGCGGGGGGUUCAUUGCUGAGCAAAUAUGGUACGAGAGUAAGGACGGGACCAAAGUCCCCAUGUUCGUCGUCCGGCACGAGAGCACCAAAUUGGACGGCACUGCACCCGCUAUUCAAUAUGGCUACGGAGGCUUUUCAAUUUCUAUCAGCCCCUUCUUCAGCCCCUCUAUCCUCACUUUCCUGCGGGCAUAUGGGGCUAUCCUAGCCGUGCCGAACAUCCGCGGAGGCGGAGAGUUCGGCGAGGAGUGGCAUCUGGGGGGAACCAGGGAACGUAAGGUCAAUUGCUUCGACGACUUCAUUUCUGCUACGGAAUGGCUAGUCAAGAACAAGUAUGCCGGAAAGGGCAAGGUAGCUAUCAACGGAGGCUCAAACGGAGGGUUACUUGUCGCAGCUUCUGUGAAUCGCGCUCCUGAAGGAACUUUCGGAGCAGCGGUAGCGGAAGUUGGCGUUCUCGAUCUCCUCAAGUUUGCGGACUUCACGAUAGGUCGGGCGUGGACAUCUGACUAUGGAGAUCCGCACGAUCCGCACGACUUUGACUUCAUCCACCCGAUAUCCCCGUUACACAACAUCCCACAGGACAAAGUGCUACCACCUUUGGUUUUGCUGACCGCUGACCACGACGAUCGCGUAGUGCCCUUACAUUCCUUCAAGCAUGCCGCCACUCUCCAGCACACCUUGGCGGGGAACGCGAACCCGCUCUUGAUCCGCAUCGAGAAAAAAGCUGGCCAUGGGGCAGGGAAAGCCACGGAACAGAAGAUCAAGGAGGCUGCCGACAAGUGGGGCUUCGUGGCCCAGUCGAUUGGACUCAAGUGGAAAUAAAGAGGGCUCAUAGUUUCAGGUCUUACCAACGGACAGAGUAAACAGUUGUCUUACAUCGCAAUACUUUGCAAAAAAAAAUCAUCUUGUAUUUCGCCG